AGCUACAGAGAUGGAUGGAUGAAUAGAGAAUGCCGUAAGAAGAAAGGAAAGGAGACUAGCAGUACUUACAGACUCUAUAUAUUUAGAGUGGUGGGAGAGAGAAAAAUGUUAAGAGAGGUGCAGAUCAGCACAGAAGUAGAGCAUAAAACAACAAAGGAACCAAAAAGAUACCCAUCAAAGCACCAAAGAAAAAGAAAGCUUAUAUAGUUGAAGCUUAGGAUAGAAAGGGUCAUCACCACAUCCUUCUCACAAAGCCUGUGCCAUCAAAAAGAAAACUUACCCAAGUGAGAGAUAUUGAGCGAUUCAUUCAUUUGAUAGAGAGAGAAGCCUGAAACUUUCUUUCUUUGCCUUUUCUUACCUUCUCCACCACCACAAGAGAUAAGAGUUUAGAGCACUGAAAAGGAUCCAUAUAUCCAUCUCAGUACACCAUAAAAUAUCAAAGAGAUUAUAAUUAAGGUCUGUCUCUCCUUGUGUUAUCUUUUGCUUCUUGUUUCUCUUUCACUUCUUCUCCCUAUUGAAAGUAUAUAUAACCCAUUACUCUCCAUCUCCUCUUUAACCUAUAUCUCCACAGCAACAAGGAAGUGACCCAUAUGAUUACAACUUCAAAGCAAUAGAAUUCUCAAUCUUUUUUCUUCCUCUAUAGAGUGAAAAGGAGAGAGAUAUGUGUGGACUUAAAGAGGAAGAUCAAGGAGAGUGUUCUCAAACCAUCCAUAACCUACAAAACUACCAAGAGCAGCUACUUCUACAAUACCACCAACAAAUGCAACAGCACCAACAACAACAAAGCAGUGAUAUCUAUGGAGGAGCUAGAGGAUCAGGAUUUAUUUUCCCUGAAGUUUCACCUAUCUUACCAUGGCCUCUCCCCCCUGUUCACUCUUUCAACCAGGCGCACUUCACGCCAAACCACCCAGUUCGUGAUCAUGACCCAUUUCUUAUCCCUCCUCCAGUACCAUCCUCAUACGGGGGUUUAUUCAAUAGAAGAGCUCCUUCCCUUCAGUUUGCUUAUGAUGGUACCCCAAGUGAUCAUCUUCGGAUCAUAUCUGACACUCUUGGACCGGUGGUUCAACCCGGUUCAGCUCCUUUCGGUUUACAAGCUGAGUUGAGCAAGAUGACUGCUCAAGAAAUUAUGGAUGCUAAGGCUCUUGCUGCUUCUAAGAGUCACAGUGAAGCUGAGAGGAGAAGAAGAGAGAGAAUCAACAACCACCUAGCUAAGCUACGCAGUUUGCUACCCAGCACCACCAAAACAGACAAAGCUUCACUGCUAGCAGAAGUGAUCCAACAUGUUAAAGAACUAAAACGCCAGACUACUUUGAUAGCCGAAACAAGUCCAGUACCAACAGAAAUGGAUGAGCUAACAGUGGAUACGGCUGAUGAAGAUGGUAAGUUUGUGAUCAAAGCAUCACUUUGCUGUGAAGACAGGCCUGAUCUCUUGCCUGACCUAAUAAAGACCUUGAAAGCUUUACGUUUAAGAACAUUAAAAGCUGAGAUCACAACACUUGGUGGACGUGUAAAGAAUGUUUUGUUUAUUAGUGGUGAAGAAGAUUCAUCAAGUGAUAGCAAUGAUCAACAUCAGCAGCAGGAACCACUACAAUAUUCUAUAAGUUCGAUUCAGGAAGCAUUGAAAGCAGUUAUGGAGAAGACUGGAGGUGAUGAGUCUUCCUCGGGAAGUGUUAAGAGACAGAGAACCAAUAUCAAUCUCCUUGAACAACAACAACAACAACAACAGCACAGGUCUCUAUAAUUUUACUAAGAGAUCAGUACCUUACUCUUCUAAUGCCUCUCCCUUCUUUUUUUCUUUGCUUGUGGGUGUGUUUUUUUGGUGUGUUUGGUGUAGUUUUUGCCAGUUAACAAAGAAGGCAAUGAUGGUAUAUUGGUGUGUGUUUUUGGACUUACAUCACUACAAAAUAUAGUAUACGUAGAUAGUGAGAGAAUUAAAGAGGGCGUGGAUUAUAUGGGUUGGUACGUUCUUGGUGGGGUUACCUUCCCAUUUUGCUGUCGGGUGGUUGUGCUGAGAAAAAGGAAUGGGAGAGAAAUCACACAGAGAGGAUCGAGAAGGGCAAGCACUAGCCAACAAAGAAAAUAUUGGCAGAGAGGAGGAUGCAUGUACUAAAAGUUGUAUUCAAACCAUGGGAUCAAAGGAAGCUAUAUAUGGUCCAUAUAUAUUUUUCCUUGUUAGGAUUUAAUAUAAGGUUUCUCUUCCAACGAAAAA